AUGGAGUAUAGUAGUCGAACAAGGAAGAUGGCGGCAGAUGCCCUAGAAAUGCAGAAAGAGAACUUGGCAAUAUGUCAAAUUGCUGAAGUGCCUGGAACAAGCAAUGGGCUUGACUCUGACUCUGGACCUGAAGAAGACCCAUUGGGUUCGAAUGACUCCAGAGCUGACCCGGAUUUCAGUUCCAAUACCAGUGAAUCAUCAAGUGAUUCCAAUGGAGGUUUCGCAGAAGAGACUGGCCAGAGUUCGCACCGCUGCUCAAAUGUAGCUAGAAAAGUAGUAAAUUGCAGCCAGACAACCAAAACUGGAAGAAAGCGUUUAAGGUUCCCGGAAAAGUGGCGAAAAAAUGCUGCAAAAGCUCUGAGAAACGAAGGUAAAGAAUACGUGUCAGUUUCGAAAACCAGAAAAUUGCACCCUUCUAGGACCAUUCUGCCUCCCUGUGGAGACAAAUGCAAGCUGCAAUGCAGCAAGAAAUUUACAGAUGAAAAUCGUAAAACUCUUUUUUCCGAAUAUUGGGGCUUAGGCAAUUUACAUAGGCAACGAGACUUUUUAGCCACAAGUAUGUCCCUAGUUCAGCCUAAGUAUCAAUAUAAACGGGACGGUAGCCAUCGCCAACAAAAUAACGCUUUUUACUUCAUCCUGAACAAUCAAAGGACUCGCGUAUGUAAAUAUUUUUUCAAAGCUACACUAGCUAUAAAUGACAGACCGGUUAGAACAGUGGCUCAAAAAAAGGCAUUAGCACCAACUGGGCAAAUCAUAGAACCUGACAGACGAGGUAAGCAUCGGAAACAUCCAAAAUUGGACGAAGGCAUAAAAAAUAGCGUAAGGAGUCAUAUAAGAAGAAUACCAAAGAUAGAGAGUCAUUAUGCGCGCUCAAAUACGACCAAAGAAUUUAUAGAAGGAGGGAAAUCCGUAGCAGACCUUCAUAGAGAAUAUGUAAUGCUUUGUAAAGAAAAAAAGGUUGCAAGUGCCAACUACAAUAUGUAUUUCAAAAUAUUCAAUGAAAAGUUCAAUCUAUCUUUUUUCGUUCCUAAGAAAGACCAGUGCGACUUUUGUACUGCUUUCGAACAAAUGAGUGCAGAAGAGAAAGCUUCUCAAUAUGAGAAGUAUAAUGAACAUCAAAAAGAAAAAGAACUGUCAAGGGAAGAAAAAGAAAAAGACAAAAAUUCAGACAUGCACGUAGCCGUGUAUGACUUGCAAGCAACAUUGCCCUGCCCCAAAGGAGAUACUUCUAGUUUCUACUAUAUAUCAAAGUUGAAUGUGUAUAACUUCACAGUUUUUGAUCUAAAGAAGAAAGAUGUUGACUGCUAUGUUGGCAUGAAGGCCAUGCUCAUAGAGGUGCAGACGAAAUUGGGACAUGCGUGCUCAAAUACCUAG